AUGGCAGCCAACUUUUGGACCUCGUCUCAUGCCACACAUUGGAUCUUGGAUCGGAGGCGUCUUGAGGAGGCCAUGAGGGAAGAUCUCGAGUACGUGGAUAUCGCAACUCUGACCAAGAUCAAGAUGUGGUACUACAACAUCAUUGGAAAGAUCGGAAAGCGAUUACAGUUUCGCCAGCAGGUCAUUGCCACAGCCAUCGUCUACUUCAAGCGGUUUUAUACAAAGAACAGCAUGCGGUCAACAGAUCCAUCUCUCGUCGCAGCGACGUGUAUAUACCUCGCGUGCAAGAUUGAGGAAUGUCCGCAGCACAUCAAACAUAUUAUCACGGAAAUGAAGCACGCCCUCGCAAAUCACGGAGGAUUCGACUACGAUACAUUCAAGGUCGCAGAAUUUGAGUUUUAUCUCCUAGAAGAACUCGAGUUCUACCUGACCGUAUACCAUCCUUACAGGGACUUGACACUCAUCGCCAAGGAGCUGAAGCUGGAGGAAUCAAACCUUCAAACCGCAUGGUUCGUAAUAAACGAUUCAUACAGAACAGACGUGUGUCUUCUCUAUGCGCCCCACAUGAUCGCUCUCGCAGCCCUCUAUAUCAUCUGCGUCGUCCACGCAGAGCGCUACACGGACAGCAAUAAUAACAAUAACAACAGCAACAAGAAUGCCCUCAGCGACGACAGCAGUAGCAGUGGCGGUAUCAUCUCUCAUACACACAGCAACGUGCAUCUACAUUCUCAACUUCACAACAUGGCCACCAAAAAGGGACACCACCAUAAUACAUCCCAUGUAGAAGGACACGGUAUCAAUAACAGGAAUAUGGUCCAGUGGUUUGCCGAUCUCAAUGUUGAGGUUGAAGAGAUCAUAGAGAUUACUCAGGAGAUGCUGUCGUUAUACGCGAUUUGGAAAGAUUAUAAUGAGGAGAGUGUACCAGCCAUGAUCCACACGCUUAAGCGACCUAGUCGACCAGCAACACCUCACCAACAGCAGCAACAGCACCAGUCAACAGCACAACAAUCACAGCAGCAACAACAACAACAUCAACAACAACAACAACAGCAGCAGCAGCAGCAGCAACCUCAGCCGGUUGCCUGA